AUGAAACGCGGAACGUCACGUCGCAAAAAGAAUCAACCACCGGCGGAACAACCGCCCCCCACCACCCCGGCCAAGGUGGAGUAUCCGCCCGGCUAUGGCUACGCGCUCCCACCCGGCUACGCCAUGCCCUAUCCCGGCUACUACGGCUAUCAAAUGCCGCCGCACAUGGCGUACCCAGGCGCGGCCUAUCCGCCCCAGGGCAUGCCACGCCAACUACCCCCACAAUAUCGGCCUACACACUUGGCCCCGCCCGCUUACGACUAUCCCCGAGCGGGCUCACCUCGAGCACAAACCCCGAGUACUAGUGCGGCUAGUCCACAAAUGUUUCGAGCACCAUCGCCAAGCCUACGCCAACAACAACAAUAUAUGGCUAGCUAUGCGGCGGCACAACAAGCCGCGGCUGCUGGGGUGCACUUAGGCCAUAUGGGGCAUAGUAUGACGCCGGCUAGUCAUGGUAUGCUUCCUGGUGGUCCGGCUAUAGCAGCUGGAUCUUCGCUUUCACCUUCAACUCACGGCUUACCUCCAGGUGGUCCUGGCUUACCUACUGGAGCCAAUGUUCCAUCAAGUAGUUCAGCACUACCUUUGAGUACGUUACAAUCUAGCCAUCCGGGACUAGCUGGCAUGCCCAGUCCUUCUAGCCACCCUAGUCUACAAGCUGCUCACCCAGGAAUGCCUCCGGGCUAUCCGGGUCAACCAGGCCACCCUAGUCAACCAGGCUACCAAGGAUAUCCAGGACAGUCUACAGCAUCAGGCCUUCCCACAGGACCAAUUCCUGGUCCUAGUACUCGUCCUACGUCUAUACCCGGCUCUAGCCAAAAUCCAAGUCAACCAUCGACAGCCUCGGCCCAAGUAUCAGCUUCUCAUUUAACAGCACCAGGCCAAAAUAGUCAAGUCCAGUCCAGCACGUCAGCUCAAUCACAUCCAGGUACACCAGCGAAUCGAAUUUCUAGUCAUCCUGGAACGCCGGGUCAUCCAGCCGGUACCCCAGGCCAUCCCGCCGGUACUCCAGGCCAUCCAGCCGGCACUCCAACUCAUCCAGGCAUAGCGGGCAGUCCAAGGCCUUUAAUACAACAGCCCAGUCCAGUCCCAAACCAACCAUCCACGUCGCAACAGCCGCCUCGAUGGGGUCAGUUGGGGAGAUUUUUUCAAAAAUUUUGGGCUAAAAACGUCGACUGGUCGAAAAUUCGGUCGAUUUUUGAAAUUUUAAAAACGCCAUAAUAUUCUCCAGUAUUUUCUCUACAGUUUUGCUUAUGACGAUUUUUCAAAUGUUGCAACUGUUGCCGAGUUGCGGCUCCGCAAAGUUGCUGAGGUUAGGUUGGCCAAAACUUUAAAAAAAUUAUGUUACACUGAACUUUUUGCUAAAUUCUAACUGUAAAAAGUUUUCAAAUAGAAGGUUAACGUACGUACUGUGAUGCUUUACAUAGGUAGUGGAAUUUUUUUGCUUUAACUUUGCACCUUGUGGCUUCGUGAAUUCAUUUUACUUUUCUGUACUAUAUUAGGAUGUUCAAAAACUCAGAGCCACCUAACCUAUAAAUUUGCUUUGAGAAGGGGCUCAAAAUUUUCUGAACAAUUUAAUAUUUUAAAGGGGCUCACAAUUUUUUGAAAAGUUAUAUUUGGAAAGGGCUCAGAAUUUUUUGAACAAUUAUAUUUGGUAAAGGGCACAGAAUUUUUUUGAACAGCACUACCUUUGAAUUUAAAAAAAAAAGUUUUCAAAGGGGCUCAGAAUUUUUUGAACAAAUUAAUAUUUUAAAGGGCUCAGAAUUUUUUGAACAAACUUAUAUUUCAAGGGGGCUUAGAAUUUUUUGAACAACUUAAUAUUUUAAAGGCGCUCUGAAUUUUUUGAACAAAUUGUUAUUUUUAGGGGCUCACAAUUUUUUAAACAGCCUAAUAUUUUUGCAAUACAACUCCAUUUUUUGCUUUUCAAAUCCAUUUUUCAACCCGAAAUGGCACUAUAAUGGACGAGGAUUUAAUUCCUUGGCCCUCGAGGGCAUUAAACGGAAAAUGGUCAGCCGGUGUAUUAGGUGUAUUAAGACGAAUUGUGUAUUACUUUUUCUUCCACACACCUUACAUCGGUUGUCAUACCAACCGGUCGCACGGCUACGGUAAAAGCGGCUUGAGGUUUAAAACAUGUCAUGCCAGAGUGUCAUGAAAAGGUUUCGAAAUGGCGUGGUAAUUAUAGAAACCGAGGUUUAGGUUUUUUAAUUUUCGGAGUCAUGAAUAUGAUCUAUAAGACAUUAAAGGAGCAAAUGAACAUAGAUGAGGUUGGAAAGUGAAAAAAAUGUAAAAAAUCGAUGAAAAAAUGAAAAAAAUGGGUUGAAAAGGUCAUGGAUAAUAUAAAAAAAUGUUUUUUUUGUCAAAAAAUCUAAAUUUUGAUAAUAAAAUUUACAAAAAUAGUUCAAAAAAAGCUUGAAAGGUCAUGGAUAAUAUAAAAAACCUCUUUGUUUAGUUCAAAACUUAUAAAAAAUUAGCAAAAAAACCAAAACAUACCUAAAUCACCACACAAUCCAUCAUAAUCUAAUUUUUAGUUCCAGGCUAUCCACCCCACAACUCGGCAGAUCCUCAACAACCCCCGUAUUACUAUCAACAGCCAGGCCAACCCCUACCUCAUCAUCCAGCCUACCCGGGCUGGUCGGGUCAACCCCUACCACCAGGCUUCCCUCAACAUGCCUACCCGCCCCACGUUCGACCCCCUGGCGCAGCAGGCUAUCCUCCCGGCUAUGGGCCACAAUUUCACCAACAGCCAACCAUGCCUGGUCAACAAAACCUGCCUGGUCUACCGAAUAUGGCACAAGGUUUGACGCCGGCUUCAACUCUUCAACCGGCCUCGAAUCUGCCACCAUCGGCUUCGAAUCUCCCGCCAACGGCUGCGAAUCUUCCACCAACGGCUUCGACUCUACAGCCAGCACAACCAGGUCAACAGCCCGCGCCCCAACCGGCUUCACAACAACCCGCCCCUCCACAAAUUCAGCCUCCGGCCAUCAAAACCGAACAGGACCAACAACCCCUAUCGGUGGGCGACCAGUCCAGCCGCUCCACGCCCGCUCCACCACCCCAAACUAGUCGACCACCGUCGCAGGCUCAUUAUCAACCCCCCUCGACGCCCGACACCCACGAACAACAACGGCCCAACUCGAGACAGCCGGUGAAACCAGCCGCCCACACCCCCGUACCCACCAGCUCGACCGCUUCCAUGCCCGGUCCCGCUCAGCCACCACCUCAAAUGUAAGGAAAUUUAUAUUAGUGGGAUAGAAAGGAUAUUUGCGGUUGUCUGUUUGGGAAUGGUUUUGUCAAAUUUUAAAGAUUUUCAAUUAAAAAAAUGGUAUUUUUCUAUUGAAAAGUUAUAAAAACUUCAAGUGUAAUAUAGUGAUCAAAAGGAAAAAUUGAUUUUCAAGUAAUUUUAUAAAAUACUAGGCUUUCUGAGACCAUAGUAAGAAAUAGAAGUCAAUAUAUUCACCUUCACGACGAUUUUCAAGCCAAAAGCGAAAAAGAAGCCGAACUUAUCCUUUUUCCGAUAUCAAGCAAGCGAAAUGUCAAAAAAUCGUAAAAUCCAACGAUUUUUUCGUUUUAUUUCGGUUUCUCCGGUUCAUUUCCGUUUUAUCGUCGAAAACUAACCUUCUAACUUGUUUUCUAACGUAAUAACAUAAUAAGAAUAGUCAUAUAUUAUGUACAGAUCGAUCUUUCGUCCAUGGGACAAUAACGAUAUAUCGCCGAGGUAAUAUUUGAGGAGUUUGAUGUUCUUUUUAAAUUUUAGGCUGAUUAUUGAAGGUGUAUUCAGGGAAUAAUGGAUGUAAAAGGUGGAGAGAGGUCUUUUUAAGUUAAUUUUGUAAAGAUUUUUUGCAAUUUUACUGAAAAUUGUGUCUUUGAGCUCAAAUUAUAUUACACUAGACGAAAGUUAGAAAAAUAUUAAAUUUUUAAAUAAAAUUCUAUUUCUUUUCUAUUUCAGGCCACCUAACCCGAUGAACAUGCCUCCACAUACGAGUCAACCAUAUUACCCAUCACAAGCAUAUCGACCCGUCCCCAAUCGACCGCAAUAUUCGGUCGGUUAUCCGGAUCCGAACCAAUACCAACAUCCCAACAUGUACCCGCCUCAACAACAACAAAUGUGGCCACCAACCUCACAACCGGCCGUUCCACCAAGGUUUAUGAAUCCGCCACAAAUGCCGGGGAAACCGCAGCAAGAGUUCCGACGACCGCAGCCACCUUCUACAUCAACUGCACCUCCACCACAAGGUCAAUAUUACAUGCAGAAUCAACAAAUGGCUAGUCCGAGCUCUUCACAACGACAGCAGAGGGUAGGUUUUUAAAUUUUUUUGUUGUUUUGUGUUUAGGUAAACAUUUUUUAGGAAAAUGGAGGAGGAAUAGACUAAUAUGUUGUUCAUGAGGGUUAGAUGCAUGGAUAAUAUAUUUUUAAUGUUUUGGAGCUAAAUUCAAAAAUUUUUAUGUGGGAUUUAGCUUGUAGUUUGUUUAUUAGACAUUGUUAAAGAUAUUUUGAUUAGUUUUAAAAAGUUGCGGGAAGGAAGCAUUAAUAUAUUGAGCAUGAGACUACUUUAGGUAUGGACAAUAUACUUUUGGUGUUUUUAAGCUAAUUUUGAGGAUCUUUAGAAGGCUUUUCUUAUUUUAUGGUUAAAACAGGGUAUUUGAAGCUUUUUUUGUUCAAUUCUUGAUUUGUUUUUAUGCGGGACGAUGAGGAAUAAGCUAUUAUAUUAUCCAUGUUGAGGCUCUAGAAUUUUAUUUUUAAGGCUUUUAUACUAUUUUAUGAAGAUUUUUGUUAUUGUUUAAUAGGCAGUCGAUAGUUUUUAAUGGGGAUUUAGUAGUUUUUAUGUAAUAGUGUUAUGUUUUACAUCUUUUUCAUGAAAUUUGAGUUACUAUAAUAUAAUUUUUUGAUAUUUUUAUAAUUUUUGCCAUUAAAACUUAAUUUUUAUGUUUUCAGGUACCCCCACAAGUUCAACAAAUGCCUCCGGCAGCGACAACGACGGCGCAGCAAUACCCAAUGCAUAUGCAACAGCGUCAGAUGCCGGUGAAUCCCUCGUUCCCUCCAGGCUGUAUAGAAGCUACAGCAUCGGCCGCCGCUCUACGACGAAAACGGCCGCGAGCAUACGCACGAGAAAUGACAUGGGCCACACCGAAACGACUAACAAUGGCAUUACGAUCGGGUCUCGAACUGGACACACUCUGGGCCAUCAAUACUCUAACUGUGAUAUUAUACGACGAUACGGCUCAACCCUUGUUACUCUCGGCCGAACCCCAACUUUUGUCACUUUGUCUGGAACAUUUCAAAGCCCUACUAGCUGUGUUAUAUCCCAAAGACUUUAAACUGAUCGAUAAUGCGGUGAAACUUCAAGUUUUUGACGAUUUUUCGGAAGCAACGGACAAACCACACAAGAACUCGGUCGUCGAAAUGGCCAAACUCAAUUCGAAACCAGAUAAAAAGUCCAAAAAACAAAACAACGACUUUACCGCGGUAUCACGAACGGGUAGAAAGGUGUACGUGGAGAAAAACGUCCGAAAACCCUUUCUGUUGGAGCGAAUCGAAAAGAAUGGCGUGGUCAAUGGUAAUAUCAAGGAGGAGAAGCCAUCGAUCGACGAUAAACCGAAGGAGAAACCCAAGUUUAUAUCAGGAUUGUGCCACAGGAUAUAUCAAAGUCUGUUGUGCAAGAUUGAAAGCAAAAAAGGGUUGCAGAGGCUACAUUUCUCGAAACAUGAUGUUGUUGUAGAUGAAGAAGAGGAGGAGGAAGAAGAAUUCGUGGCACAAAGCGAAGUAAGUGUUUUUAUUUAUUGUUUUUUGGUUUUUAGGUAUAAAAGAGAUGUGGAAUUUAUAUAAAUGGGCUAGAAAGAUGUUUGGGUAGGGUUGAAAGGGGCUGAAAGGCCUGAAGAUAUUGUUUUAGGUUAAGAACAAGAUUUUUAAAAAUUUUUUGUUUUUUGGUCAAUUUUUGAAGAAUACGUCUUUAAAAUCUGUCUGUCAAUAUCGAUCAUUUUUCAUUUUAAAAAUUUAAAAUUUGCCAUUUCCAGGACGAUCUCCUAUUCUUCCGCCGGCCCAAAGAGAACGAGACCUGGAACCGGGACGGUAACCCCGAUGUCUCCCUAAUACCCCGCCCCUCACCCCUCAUAAACCGCGACGCAUGCCUGGAGGAGAUUGGUGAUCGCCUCCUAGCCAUGUCCAACAUCAUCCGCGGCUUCUCCUUCUUCCCCGGCAACGAGAAGAUUCUCUACAACAACCUGGACCUGCUCGACUUGAUUGGCCGCUUGUUAAUGUUGAAGGUCAAGCGAGACGAACAGCUCAAAACCGCCAAGAUAGUGAAGGUGGAGGAGGUUGUGAAGCCAGACGAUGAAAACGAAAAGAAGCCGGUGCCAUCCGAAGUGGAUUCGAAUCGAAAAAUGCUUCUAGAGGUGGCGAACCAACUCAGAGACGACGCGUUCACAAUAUUGUCCCAUAUCAGUGUUCAACUGGACUUGUACAACGUGGACAGUGGUGUGGCAUAUGGACUGUUGGAUGCUCUGAUCUAUUGGGCCGUCACUCAUAAUGUUCAGGCCAAGGAUCCCAUCAAUGGAGCGGUUUAUAGUCCAAAGUAAGUGGUUUUGGGGAUGGAUGAGAGAGAGAAAGGUGAAGGGGAGGGGAGUUUUUUUAGAGUAAAAAUGAUGAGUUUUAUUACCUAAAUAUGUCAUUUUUAAUAAUAUUUUAUAAUUUGUUACCUAAAAAUCUAAAUUUUUAUUUUAUAAAAAUUUUUUGUUACCUAAACUUACAUUUUUUAAAAUUUUUCUCUCAUUUUCAGGCUAUACACAUUUGAAAUCAUAUGCAAAAUGUCAUUGCUGGAAGCCAACAUCGACCUGUUACUAUCGACCGGUCCAUGGCCACGCAUCGAAGAGUUUGUUCGAGUCGUGGCCAACAGUGUAAACAUGUCCGAAGAGCUUCCACUGAGGUAAGAUUUUGGUUUUUUUGGUGGGUUUUUGUAGGCUUGGGCAUGAAAAAAUGAGGAUUUUGGGGGUGGAUUUUGGUUUUUAUGGGUAUAAGGGAGGUUUUAAAAAUAUUUUUUGAUUUUAGGUAACAAACUAAUUUUAUAGGCUUAAAAUGAGCUUUUUUAAAAAAUAUUUUUAGUUUUAGGUGACAUUUUGAAUUGUAAACGAAAAAAUCAAUCUUAUUAACCCUUUACUUUUCAGAGAAUUCGCGAUUGUCAUCCUGACAGCCGUGUGCCAAGCCAGUGAACCAGCCUGCAUCGUGGCAACCCUAGAAACGGACGUCAUCCAAAACCUGGUCUCAUUCCUCGAAGCCGCCGAGUUCAACAUCACGACGAUCGCGACCACCGAAGGCGUGAGCGUACUACGUGACAACCCGGAACGAAUGGGAACCUCGUUCGGAAUGCUGAGGAGGGCGGCCCAAAUCCUGGCGUGCCUGGCCCAGUACGAAGUGUGCAGGCCAUACUUUGUGAAACAUCAGUCCAGGCUAUUGUCCUUCACCGUCAGCAGCUAUGUAUGUUGGUUUGAAAGAGGGAGGGUUGGGGUAGAUUUUUUUUGUUUUGGAGGGGGGGGGAGGUGAAUGGGGUGGAUUUGUCAACAAAAAUUUUUGUUUGUUUCUUGGGUUAGGGUGAUUUUAUAUGGGUUUUUUAUUUAGGGGGUCUACUCCCCCCCCCCUUCCCCCUCCCCUCCUUGUUUACACGCAUUUCUGGGACAAAUCCCCCUAUAUUCCCCAUGACCGCAGUCUUAGCUGAUAUUGUUAUCGUAUACGAGUGCAAAUUCGAAAGUACAUCCGCUUACACUUUUCGCAAAUAAUAGAACAAUAUCGCCCGAUUGUGGUUAAUUAAAUUUGGAAAACAACUCUGAUUAAUUCUUAAGCUGUUUAUUAAUAUGGCAAUAGUUGACCUUGUGUUAGUUUAUGGCCAAGUUUGGUUAAUAUCAGGCUGUUCAAGUAAUUCUGUGCUCCCCAAUUCCAAAAAUUUGUUUUGAGAUGGGGCACAGAAUUAUUUGAACAACCUAAUAUACGGUCAGCUACUCUCCCUACCCUACUUUGCCCUACGUUACCAUACUCUUACCUAAAUUUUUUUGGUCCACAGGUAGCGGCUACAUGUGGAAUUUUUUUUCGGAUCGGCUUCGGGGGGGGGGUGGAUCCCCCCCCCCCCCCCUAGCGACGCCCUUGCUACUCUCAUCUACUCUCACCCGCCCUACCCUCCCCCUCCCCCCCCCCUCCCCCUCCUUUAAUUUUACACAUUUUUCGACCGCUAUCUCAAGCCUCAAAUCAAAAUCUCUGCUCAGGAAGAGUACGAUAACAACCCGCUACCCUGCCCAUAAUUGCGUGCCUAUGUGUAAUAUAAUUGCUCGCUCCUCUUGCCGGCGAAAGUGCAAGAAGCAGGAAACAAACACAAAGAUUUGAUAAAAUGCACUUUUUCCAUUUCGAAUUCCACUAUUUUUAUAUUUUCGCGGCCUUCGCGGAAGGGCUGGCAUGCUGUUGCACUUUGCGAUCUUCGAUUACCCUGCCCUAUGCCCUUUCCCUACCCCUCACUCCACCCCCUUCCCCCUAUUUCUCGCGCCAUAAUACUUAAGGACAGUCGGCUUAUAGCAGUUUUUUUAAUUCACUGAUCGCUAAAAAUAUUAUUCUUGUAUAUUUGGGGGUGUUUUAUGGAUUUGAUUACUUAUUUUGAGAUGUUUUACAUUUUAAAUGUGGAAAUUUUAAGUGCAAAACAAGAUUUUCUUGAGUUUUGAAGGCUUUAAAAGACUAAUUGAAGUGGGAUUGAAAGUGGCUAUCGUAGCGUGUGGGACAGAUUGAAAUUUUGAGAAAUGUAAAAAUUAUAAAGAAAACUUAGAAUUACUACGGCUUAUACAGUGGAACCUCUAUAUAAUCAGCUCCUAUACAACAAAAAUUUCGUAUAAUGAGCGAUUUUUGAGUCCCCGUCUACCACUCCACAGUACAUUUAAAUCCCUUCUAUACCGAAACUCCUCUAUAACGGGCAAAUUCAGAAUCCCCGAGCGAUUCGUUAUACAUCACUUCUACUGUAUUGUAUAACGAAUCGCUCAGGGAUUUUAAAUUUGUUCGUUAUAAAGGAGUUUCGGUAUAGAAGGGUUUUAAAUGUACUGUGGAGUGGUAGAAGGCGACUUAAAAUUUGUUCGUUAUACGGACUUGAGAGGGUCCACUAGGCCCGGUCCGGCCCCGGACAGGGUUUGAGGAAGCAAAUUUGAUAGGUGCCGACUUGAUCCCUAUCAAAUUAGCUUUGGCCCGAGGUUAUGUCAAUCAAGAGAGACCUAUAAAGGGGCGGGACCCAAACUAAGGCCCGUCCCGCAAGUCGGGCUGAAAAAUUGGGUCCGGCCCCUUUAUAGAUCUCCCUUGAUCAACAUAAAAACCCCGAAAGUAUGGUGAGAGUAAAAUUAUGGUGAAUCCAACCCAUAACGAUGAACUAUAAAGUUACAGUAACCAUACCAGUCAUCGGGGUUUUUAUUUUGAUGAUAACCGAUCAUGCGUAGCAUGUACUUGCGAUAAACAGUAAAGAGCAUUAUGUCGUCAGACGUUUCUGAUACAACUGCACUUUUGUAUACUUUUUCCUUUCAAAAGAAAUUUCGAAAAACUGUAAACUAGAAGCUGUUUUCUGAGUUUUUAUAGCUUUUUGCUGCUUGUUUUGCAGAAGUUAUACCGGUCUUGCAGUUUAAAUUACAUUAGAAGUCUGUAUAUCGAAGUUUUUUAUAAUGAGGUCACGCAGAGCCUAGUGGGGCCCUUUAAGAACUAGAUACAGUACAACUCCUGUAUAACGAACUCUUCCAUAAUUAAAACCCUGUAUAAAGAACAACUUUCAAAUCUCCAGCUACCACUACACAGUGCAUUUAAAACUCCUCUAUAACGAAAACUCGUUAUAAUGAACAAAUUUUGUAAUCCCCACGCGAUUCGUUUUAUAGAAGUUCUACUGUAUUGAUUUGGAUAAUGAAAAUACAGUAGAACUCAUGUAUAACGAAUCGCUUGGAGGUUCGAAAUUUGUUCGUUAUAAAGGACUUUCGUUAUAGAGGAGUUUUAAAUGAACUGUGGAGUGUUGGCCGGGGAUUUGAAAGUUGUUCGUUAUAAAGAGUGCUUGUUAUAGAGGAGUUCGUUAUACAGGGAGUUCUACUGUAUCUAGUCCUGAAAGGGCCCACUAGGCUCGGCGUGGCCUCGGGUGGGACCGAAGCGACUUUGAAACCUUGGCCCGUACAUGUUGACGUGGGUUUUAAACUAAGGCCUCAGGGCUCAACCUUAGGGCCAAAGCUAAUUUUUACGGGCCGGGCCAAAAAAUUAGGCCAUGUACCUUUAAAUGCCUAACUGUAUAUCCCUUUCUGUGCAAAUCCCUCAAGUUCUAGCAAAUUCGCCCCUCAAGUUCUAGCAAAUUCGCCCUCAAAGGCUUAUUGAAUCUCCCCAUUUCUAAGUUGAUAUGUUGUUUGCGAAGGCUUUGCACUUUUCGGACAGUCAGUAUUAGGAAAUGGGGCUUUUCGCCACAAAAAUUAUUCGAAUGUUAUUAGGGCGUGCUUGUGUAUGCCGUUUUGUUUUCGGAAUUCCGUCUGUCCUCUCCACUACGGUAUGCCAGGCUAUGGCUAUUUCGGGCAGGGGCAGGUGAAAGUGAAAUGUAGUGCACAUUUUAAUUUAGUCAAUUCAAUUUGAGUUUUAAGUGUGAAUGACCUUUAGGGUUUGUACGAAUAUUUGAGGUUUUAUAGUGUCAAACAUGGGUUUUGUGGUAAAUUGUGGUUGUUUGAACAGGCGUGUUUUAAAUUUUUCAAACUUAAAUUUUUUCAAUUUCAGAUGGACUCACGAGUAGCUGGAAUGGUGGCCGGAAUCCUGUACGACCUCCAACACAUCCCCAAAGAGCUCUUAUUGGCGAAAGAAGUGUCGUUGGACGAGAGCCAUCGCCUAGCCGAAGCCUUCCCCUCCUACAAAUGGAAGGUCAGCGACGACACCGAGGACCCACCUGAACCCUUUCUCAACGUGACCCUACCCCCACCCACCAACCCCUUUCACGUGGAGGCACAGAAGGAGCUGGGCAGUGUCUCAAUCUCACCCGACUCAAGAUCAAUGUCACCCAACAAAACGAAUGGCACCGCCGAGGGUAAGCUUAGAUAACCACCACCCCCACCUAAAUAGUUGAAUUUACGAUUGUCUUCUAACUAAUUUAUUAAUGUUGUUUCCAAUGUCUGUAUAAAUAAAUUUAAUAAUAUCGAAUUCGUCUGCUCGGUCUGGUGUUAACGAGCUGUAAAUUGGAGCUGAUUAUCUGUUUCAAUGCUUUAAUUGGCUUCACUAUUAUUGGGUUGUUCAUUCUGUGCUUGUCCGAGUAAUUCUGAGUCACAGAACCUCAAAAAUUUGCUUUAAGAGUGGCGCAAAAUUAUUUGAACAACCUAAUAUAACACUGUUUUCGGAUGAUAUCUUAUAGACUCACGGUCUCUUCAAACUGAUAAAGUACACAACAAUGCGUCAUUCACAACAUUUGCAAUCAAAAUAUUAUACUUGAAUUCAUACUGACACGCUGCACGAUUCAUAGUCUACACCAUAGCAUUCUCCUCUGCUUUCAAGGUCUGCAUCAACAAGAAACCAUCUAUUGUAAUCCAUACCUAAUACCAAUCCUUAUCAUAUCCAAAUAACACUUGAUAUCAGGGACGUUGCUAGGCGGAGGAGUAAACGGAGGUGGAAAAAAAUCGAAAAAAUAAAAAAAAAUUUUUUCUCCCCCCUUUGAAAAAAAUUGUAGCGAAGUAACUGCCUAAUACCGAUCCUUAUCAUGUAAAAAUAAAACCUCAUAUUAACUUUUAUCAUACCCAAAUAGCACCUGAUACCAGUCUUUACAUAUCCAAAUAACACCUGAUACCAAUUCUUAUCAUAUUCAUAAACAACCCAAUACCUAAUUCUCCUACACCAAACCUUUUUAAACCUAAACCACCGCUCCUAAACCAACCUUUCGUUUCAGUGAAUGGCAACCGACAGAAGCACCGCAAACGAAGCCGCCACUCGGAUGGACGUGAGAUGACGGCGCUGGAAAGCGCCCUCCUCAACGAUUCCGACGCCGAAUCCGGCCCCGAGUCGGAUGGUGAAACCAGCCAACCGAACAGUGACACCAACUCCCUGCCCGCCGCUCAGCCCGCCUUCAAGACGGCGUCGAGCACGGUGAAGGAGAAGCUGCGCAACAACAUCAACAUGAAGCACGGUAUUAGUGAGAACGGGCACGAUGAAGAGCCUGAAGCGAAGCGGCAACGCAUAAGUAAUGGAGUGAGUGCGGUCUCGCCCAAAUGUAAUGGUGACUUGAACAAUAAAGUCAGGCCUAACAAGUCCGAGAAUGGGAAUGGUACUCCCACCAAGCAGAGUGGUUCCAUGGCUGCUGUGGCUUGA